CUGUAUUUAAGCAGUGUGUCUCUGGAACAAACCAGACCCAUUCUGACCAGGCACGGCAUCGGUACCGCAGCAUCGACAGAGAUGGCCAGCAGAAAGACCAAGAAGAAGGAAGGAGGUGCCAAGCGUGCCCAGAGGGCCUCAUCCAAUGUCUUCUCCAUGUUUGAGCAGACCCAGAUACAGGAGUUCAAGGAGGCCUUCACACUUAUUGAUCAGAACAGGGAUGGCUUCAUCGACAAAGAGGACCUAAAAGACACCUAUGCAUCUCUUGGAAAACUGAAUGUGAAAGAUAAUGAACUGGAGGACAUGCUGAAAGAGGCCACUGGUCCAAUCAACUUCACAAUGUUCCUUAACCUGUUUGGCGAGAAAUUACAUGGCACGGACCCUGAGGACACCAUCCUGAAUGCCUUCAAGAUGUUUGAUCCUAACGCAAACGGCUUCAUACACAGAGACGAGUUACAGCACGUCCUGAUGACACAAGCUGACAAAUUCUCAGCAGAGGAGGUGAAGCAGAUGUUCCAGUCAUCCACCAUUGACCCAGCAGGCAACUUGGACUACAAGUCUCUCUGUUACAUCAUCACCCACGGAGAAGAACAGGAGGAGUGAGGCGCACAACAUUUGCCACUCCCCGAACAAAGUGAUCUGAAAGGGGGCCCCCAUUCAGUACAUACAAUGUAAUGUAAAACCCAAUUCUGGGACCCCCCCCCCUUCUCUCUGGGCCUGGGACAACUGACCCCUUUGCCCCAUCCCUGGUGAGGGGCACAUGAUGUCUCCUCUCCUCCCUCCUCUCAUCCCCCAAAUCCUACCCUGUGGCCCUUAGUUACACACCAAUGUGUAGUGGUCUUCUGUCUCUGAACUGUGAAUAAAACCCGUGUCUCUCUGUCUAUGAGCUUGAUUCAGGUCCUAAAUGUGAAAAGCAUUAAUCUUCUGAAGACAUGGCUCCCGUUAUAAAUUUGCUGUAACCAAAAUGGCUAAUGGCUCUGUGUAAUGUCAUAGCAGUAUAGUACUAUGGUAGUAAAAUAUUUUUAAUAUCUUACAGCGCUCUAAGCAGAGCUGUGUGCAUUAUGAGACUGUACGGCUUAUAUAGUAAAGCAGUAAUGGGAUUACCAAGAGCAGCAGGCUCCUCAGGAAACAUUAAGUUGAUGGCUGAUCUCGUAGGGGUGAAUUCAUGGGUAAACUACACAGUUACAAAUGUGCAUGAUAUGUACAAUAGGUCUAGAGACAGGACACAAACAGUUUUUAGCGUUCUCAAAGGGCACAUUUUAUGUACAGACAAAGGCAAAAAGUGUAAACAAUCUCCUCAAAAUAUAAAUCACAAGUAGAAAAUUGAUUUGGAUGGAACACACAGCUAAGAGCUGAAAUACACAGUUAAGUCAACAAAAAAUGUUGAUCCCUACAGCAAGGCAUGUUGGCUCAAAGGAAAACAAACUACCCACAUAGCCUCUGCACGGGUAUCAACCUGGCAGUGUCAGAACGGCUUUCUGUACAAAAAUGCAGGAUUUACAAUUUUACAAAACGGGAAUAUCUUUGGUUGGUUCAAAGUGCAGUAGCAAACACAUUUUUCCCCCUGAUUCAGAGCACAGUGUGAACAACAAACAGUACUGGUCAUGUGGUGUGUUUUGUGCGUGUUGUCUGUGUACAAAAUGUGAGUGUGUCUCUGUGUGUGUGUCUCUGUGUGUGUGUGUGUGU